CUCAGUUGACGGUUUGUUGUCUCUCAGCUCUACUCCCAAAAUUGAGCACCAUGGAUCGUUUCAUCAGCAUCUUCCGCCACUUCCAAUCCAACUCGGAGUCAGUGAUGAAUGGGAUUUGUGGGAUCCUGGCAUUGGCAAGUGUACGGAUCUACAGCUCUUUUCAAUUUGUCUGUCCGUGUUUGCCCAUCUACAACACAAUCUAUGGGAUUGGGGUCAUGUUUAUACCACCCAUCAUCCUCUUCCUCUGUGGUGUUAUUGUCAACAAACACUCGCUGUUGAUGCUGGAGGAAUGGCUGCGGCCGGAGGGCCAGAGGACCAAGAACCCAACGUUACUGCGUUACAUGUUCCUCGCCGUGGUCCAGAGAGCAGCCAUUGCUCCUGUGGUCUGGCUGGUCGUUGCCUUGUUGGACGGCAAAUGCAUUCUCUGUGCUUUCAGUACCUCAGUGGAUCCUGGUCCAUUUGUCAACGUAAGCAGCUGGCCUAGAGGAGAUCUGCUGAUCCUUCUGUCCAAAGUGCCCUGCAAGGACCUCACAGAUGACCAGCUUCAACACAACCUCAGCUUCCCCAGGAGAGCGGUUUACAGGUACCUCCGCUCGGUAUCCCAGGCUCUCGGCUGGACCAUCCUCCUGGUUCUGAUCCUGACUGCGUUCCUCUCUCGCUGCCUCAAGCCCUGUUCCAAAUACGCCACCCACCUGCAGAGCAGGUACUGGAGCAAUUACAUCGACAUCGAGCAGAAGGUGUUUGAAGAGGCUUGUUGUGAACACGCUCGAGGGUUUGCUCAUCACUAUGUCAUCCAGUUUUUCGACAGCAUGCAGGAUGGAUUCCAGACAGAUUGCCAUGCUAACCAUGUGAGAUGGGCUGAGGGAGACCCACUUCAUGGCAUCACAAACAAGGAGCAACUUGAUAAACUCCUGACAGAGUGGUUCAACACUAAACCCCCACUGAAUAUCAGGCCUGUCAAUCAGUACCGAGUGAAUACUGACACAGGUACAAGCAGGAGUUCACCACAGCCUCAGCACCAACCCACAGCCCCACACAGCAUUGUCAAACACACUGUGCUAUAGGAGCACGUUUACCUCAGUCAUGCCCACCUCUCUGACCAGCCCCCUCAAAAAAGGAGCCUUUACAAUGCAACCAAACACUAAAAACAAACUCACUCCUUCCCCUACGGUAGUAACUAUCACCUCCGCCGCUCCCUUCACACCACUGUAUGGUCACUCUCUUGUAGAUUAGUCUUCUGCACCAGUCACUCUUCUGCACCAGUCACUCUCCUGCAUUGGUCACUCUCCUGCAUUGAUCACUCUCCUGAACUGGUCACUCUCCUGCACUGAUCACUUUUCUGAAUUGGUCACUCUCUUAACUGGUCAUUCUCCUGCACUGGUCACUCUCCUAAACCGGUCACUCUCCUACUUUUCCUGAUGUAGGGCUUGUGCCCAAAAUGUUGAUUCUCCUGCUCCUCAGAUGCUGCCUGACCUGCUGUGCUUUUCCAGCACCACACUCUCGACUCUCCUGCACCGGUCACUCUCCUGUCUGUACUGGGGAGAUAGGCACAAGCUGAUAAAUGGGAACUAGGAAUGAACAUAGGGAAAAAAGCAAAAUAGAAAAGGAGCAAAACAGAAAUAAAAAAAGAAGAGUGAGGAAGCUGAGGAAGGGGGGAAAAGAAGUCAAUAUAUAAUUUUGAAUUUCUCGCACUCUUUCAUAAUUUCUGUCCUUCACUGUGUUUCUGUCUUCCAUUGGCUAAAGAAAGUGAGAUAACAAGGUAUAUAUUCACAGCCAAUGAUGAGCUGACAUACACAGGCUUGAACACUCCAUUAACUCCACUCUCCUGCUGGGAAACAGACAGAGACAGUAAACAGGUGAGAGCACAGAGUGAGUCAGGGAGAGAGACGAUUGGAAGGAGGUGAAAAAGAAGGAGAGAUAGAGAGAGACAGAGUGUUUGGCAGGGAGAUCUUGGAGACAGUUUGACAUUUGUUUCCAUUUGAACCAUGUGCAAAGGUGACACAGCAUGAUGAACAUGUCACAGCUCCCAGUAACACCCAUUGGUCAGGAUGAUAUCCCCAGUUCUGGCAGGGAGAGUGCUGAAUUUUGGAGAAUUUCAUAAUGACAAUGUCACAUUUCAUUUCCGAAUUCUAUAAUUCUUCAUAAUCUCUGCUUUCUGUAUGAAACAAUGUGUUAAACCUGACA